AUGUUGAUCAUCUGGUGGCUCUGGCCUCUUCUGGCCAUCUGUGCUUCCGACUCAUUCCGGAACAAGGCAGAGGAAAUCAUGAAGAUCACACCGGUCGUUGAUGGUCACAACGACUUGCCUUGGCAACUGCUGAAGUUGUUCAACAACAGGCUGAACGACUCGGAGGCCAACUUGAACACACUGGCCGGGACACAUACCAACAUCCCGAAGCUGAAGGCUGGCUUUGUGGGGGGCCAGUUCUGGUCCGCAUACUUGCCUUGUGACACCCAAAACAAAGACGCUGUGAAAAGGAUAUUGGAACAGAUGGAUGUCAUUCACCGCAUGUGCCAACUCUACCCUGAGACCUUCUUGUGUGUUACCAAAAGUUCAGGUAUCACACAGGCUUUCCAGGAGGGGAAAGUGGCCAGCCUGAUCGGUGUGGAAGGUGGCCACUUAAUUGACAGCAGCCUGGGUGUCCUGCGGGCGCUCUACCAUCUGGGCAUGCGGUACCUGACCCUCACCCACAACUGCAACACACCCUGGUCUGACAACUGGCUGGUGGACAGAGGGGAUGAUGAAGCUGAGAGCCAAGGACUGUCGGAUUUUGGGAAGAGAGUGCUGAAGGAGCUGAACCGCCUGGGUGUCAUGAUUGACUUGUCCCAUGUGUCCGUGGACACCAUGAGGGAUGCUUUGCAGCUAUCCAAGGCCCCGGUCAUCUUCAGCCACUCCUCAGCCUACAGCGUGUGUCGACACAGGCGGAAUGUACCCGAUGACAUCCUUGAGCUGGUGAAGAACACAAGGAGUCUGGUGAUGGUCAACUUCUACAGUAUGUUUGUGUCCUGCUCAAAUGAUGCCACCCUGUCUCAAGUGGCUGACCACUUGGACUACAUCAAGAAGGUGGCAGGCGCUGAGGCUGUGGGCCUUGGAGGAGACUAUGAUGGCGUUACAGAGCUUCCCAAGGGACUGGAGGAUGUUUCCAAGUAUCCAGACCUGAUAGCGGAGCUUCUCAGGAGGAACUGGACAGACACAGAGGUCAGAGGUGUACUAUCCGACAACCUGCUGCGGGUCUUCUCUGAAGUUGAACAGGUAAGCAAUAACAUUCAAGUUCCUGAGGAAGAGCCUAUCCCCCUGGAUGAGCUAGGCGGCUCCUGCAGGACACAUUAUGGCUACUCACAAGCCUCCAGCAUCCACCUCCAGAUAGGGGCCCUGCUGGUCCCCGUGGCUUCCUUGCUCCUCAGUCUGCAUCCUCUGUGA